AUGGAUCAAACUCCAAGAGUCAGCCGAGGUCUACGAUAUCUCUGUCUGGAUCAAUACACGGACUCAACACCUGAACUUGUGACAGCGAAUAUCAUCAAACUCCGAUUACUGCAGUCCUUCGAUCUGGAGAAUGUACUUCUACCGGCUCAACCUGGAUUUCCACAUGAUGGUGCAGUCCGUAUAUCGCAAGAGAUGUUAGAGCCUGAACGUCUCAUAUGGUUCGAUUUUCUGGUCCUGCUCGAAGACAGACCUGGAACUGCCUCUCGCUAUGGGACGACCACAAUGGCUCAAGCGGGUAACGCUUCACGACCGGCUUUCUAUAUCGUCAUCUUCCCAGACUCACCAAAAUACGUGGCUAUCGUACCCCACUCCGUGGCCUGGCGAGAAGGAGAAUCGGAUUGCUACGAUAUUACCGGCACUGGCAUAACGGGUCCAUACUUCCCGUACCUGAUGGCAGACGACCUUAUACCUCUAGCACUGGAAAGAAUCUCACUGAUUCCUUGGGGGUGUAUAUAUGCGAAUCCGGGUACUGGAGUAUUCUUGAAUCGAUGGCUUCCAGUCCUGACAGAGUCGCCGAGAGACUCUCCAACCGCCACUCUAGGCUGGUCUUCAGCAUUGGUUUCUUCGAACAGCGCAACAAGAAAACGCCGCCGAGGAUCUGACGCUGAGGUUGACAUCGCAAGACCAGCUCCCGCUCUGAGGGAGGCGGUAUCGCCGAACCCCCUGGACUUCGAGCUCGACACCAGUUGGACAGAGCAGGAUCCUUUUGACCCAAACUGGCCGUUCUCGGAUCAUUCUGGACUCUCGGUUCUGCCUGGAUUGAUCGAUGAUGCUUUGCAGGCGACUAGUCUUGUGGAAGCUCAGCUUGAGGCCGAGUAUAUACAUCCAGCCCCGUCUAGAAGUAGUGGCAUGGCAUGGCAUGGAGCCGAAAUUCCACCGAUUCCAUGUAACAUCCGCUCUGGACGGGCUGAUGGAAGAGGCUACGAUGCGACAGAGAUGUGGGCCUCUAUGCUCGCGGGCCCUGACGAGGAAGACUUCUGGCCUGCCGAAUGGGACGCGCUCUUUCCAUCUGCACAAGCCAACCUUUCAAACGUCGAUGACCCGCGACAGAGCAGACAUGCCGUCACCACGGGCACCGAGCGUCCCUUUCCAUCAUCACGACUCGUCGAUUCCCCUUCUGAGGUGCAACAGUCUUCCAAAUCUGCCGCCGCCUCUCCUGGAACGGAAAUUCCAGGGUUCGAAUCUGACGAUGAUGAUGAGGAGGUCGCGCCACCUCGUCGACUGCUCGAGUUGCACCCCGACCACCCCUGGUGCAACCACAUAUACCUGCCUCCAUCCACCCAAGACAUCCUGACACAUCUCCUCGCCGAGGACACUGUCUGCCUGCCCGUCACCACAAAUCCGAGUGAGAACAUCGACGGCAGCCCAAUGCCCCUCUCAAUGCUCUCGAAUGCUCAUCCCUGUUUACACAUCCUGUCUAGCCGAGUCUCGCCUGACACGUUCUUCUUGCUGCCUAGUCGCUGGGUGGACUUCUUCCAGUGUAGUCUGAACCAACUUCUUAACAGCACUUCUGGCGAAAGCAAACGCUCUGCAUUGCGCGGCACCAACAAGAUUGUGACAGAAAAUCCUACAGUAGCAGAUGCGUUCGACAGGUACGGAAUCGAAGGUGUGGUUGGUUCUGCAGCACUUAGCUGGAGCCUUUGGGACGAGUGGUUGAGGGAGUUCAAGAGGAAAACACCGUGUGGGCUGACCAGGGAGGAAGACAGAAAUGCUUGUUGCGGGAUCAGAGAAGUCCUGCAGGUGCAGGUUGAUUGGUCGAUGAGGAUGUAUCCAGAGUUUUGA